AUGGAAGAAAUGGAUGUAACUCCUAUCGAAGACAUACCUUACAUCGACGAAUGCACUGUGGAGACCACAAUCUUAGCCGUUAAGAAAAGUGUCCCGAUGCAAGAGAUUUAUAAUGAUAAUAGAAAUGUUUUUUGCACUCCUACUGGAAGUUCUUCAUUUAAAGCAUUUCGAGAUGACUUUGUUAUGUUUAGGAAGUUGUACCCUGGUUAUGCUGAAGGUGAAGAUCCUUUUGAAAAGUUAUCAGAUGAAAUAAUCCUACAUAUAUUUAAGUGGUUACCCAAAAUGGUUUUAGUGAAAUGUUCCCGAGUGUGCAAAAGGUGGAGAAACUUGAGCUAUGAUGAAACAUUGUGGAGGAGGUAUGAUUUUGGAAAGAAAUUAGUUAAGCCUGGUGUUUUAGGAACUCUUUUGAGUCGCGGUACAAGUGUGUUGAGGCUAACUAUGUCCGAAAUAAAAUCUCCUGUUUUCUUAGUUGAUCCAGAUGUUUUAGCAACAAAUAUGUCUUUUUGCAAACUUCAGUACUUAGAUUUAAGCAUGGUAACUGUUUCGGAAGAAAAUCUUGCAUGUCUACUUCUUGUGUGUAAUAAGCUAAAAAAGUUAAGCCUUGAAAAUUGUACUUUGAACGAAGCCUGUUGCAGAAACAUUGCUCAAAAUACAGAACUGAUUGUUUUAAAUAUGGCUAUGUGUCAAGGUCUGACGUCAAGAGGGCUUGUCAAAAUUUGUGAAAGCUGUUCUAAAUUGAAAGAAUGGAACCUUGCUUGGACAGACCUGCGCUUUGCAGACAUGGAAGUAUUUCUACCAUGCCUUCCUCACUCGCUCAGAAGGUUCAAUAUUAGUGGUCAUAGAAAUGCAUUAGCUUAUGAAGGUGUUGCUGAUAUCACCAAACGGUGUCCUAACUUAAUUGAGCUUGAUAUCAGUGAUUCUCCUAUGUUGAGUGAAGCAGCACUAAAUAUCAUAGUCAAAAACUGUCUAAAGCUGGAACACUUGCAUACUAGUCGAUCCUAUAACAUCCCUACCAUGAGUUACAGAAUUUUGAAGGAACUGAAGAACUUCAAAAAGCUGGAAAUAUUUCGCACUCUGAUGGAAGAUGCCCUUGCUGACCUGCGUAGUUUCCUGCCAGAUGUGAAGAUUAACCAGUGCAUAUUUUCUACUGUCGCUCGACCUACCACGGGAAUACGAAGGACAAGUAUUUGGGGCCUUCGAGUCAGAGACUGA